UAACUGUGCCAUCCUCAAGCCUUCAGAGGUCAGCGCCGCCACAGAUGCUCUUGUCGCAGAGCUCAUCCCAAAAUAUAUGUCUCAGGACUGUUAUGCAGUAGUCCGCGGGGCAGCAGAGGAGACCAAGGCUCUACUGAAGAAUCGAUUUGACCACAUCUUCUACACAGGUUCUCAUGCCGUGGCUCGCCACAUCCUGCAUGCGGCCGCGGACCACCUGACCCCUGUGACCUUGGAGCUGGGUGGGAAGUGUCCGUGCCUGAUAUAUGGUAAGGUGAACAUCACCUACGCCGCGCGCCGACUCGCCUGGUCAAAGUUCUUUAACACGGGCCAGAGCUGUGUGGCUCCAGACUUCUUGGUGUGCUCGAAGGCCACCAGGGACGCCCUGCUGCCCGCACUGAGACAAACUCUGGAAGAUUUCUACAGCAAGGAGCCCGAGAGCUCCGCCGACCUGCCACGCAUCGUGUCCCCAAGACACUGGACCCGACUCAUGGAGCUGCUCAAGAGGUCCAAGGGAAAGAUGGUUAUGGGAGGAGAGAGCAACGAGGAGAACAAGUACAUCGCUCCCACAGUGCUGGUGGACGUGGCUGAAGAUGACGCUCUGAUGGAGGAGGAGAUCUUCGGCCCCUUCCUGCCCAUCCUCACCGCAGAGACUCUGGAGGAAGCCAUCGCCUUAAUCAACCGCCAAGAGAAGCCACUGGCCCUCUACGUGUUCUCUGAAGAUUCCUCUGUGGUGAACACGGUGCUGGAGAAGAGCAGCAGCGGAGGAUUCUGCUCCAAUGACGGGAUCAUCCACAUGGCGCUGCCAACGCUGCCUUUCGGGGGUGUAGGGGCCAGCGGUUUCGGCAGUUACCACGGCCGCUGGGGCUUUGAGACCCUCAGCCACCAGAGGGCCGUCAUGCUGCGGGGUUGGACCUUGGAGAGACUCAACGGCCUGCGCUACCCCCCCUACACAGAGGACAAGCUGAGCUGGCUGCGCUGGACCACCUCUGCCAAACCCAGCUGCUCACUCAUGUGAUGUGAGGCCUUGUUAAGGCAUCUACUUUAACUCUAUACACGUUCAAAAGCAGUUGACUUGAAGACGAGGGAACCCGAUGUGAUGGAGCUCCUGUAUUUCCCCAAUGUGUUUCUGUCUCAUGCAGAGCAGUACCGCUGGUCAGUUAACGUCACUGUUAUAUUUUCUGAAGGAUUCAAAAGUUAUAUAUUUGUUCCUUUUUGACAACUGUUUGCCUCUUAUUUUGUUCUGUAUGUUCUAGUGUGUGUGUGUGUGUGUGUGUGUGUGUGUGUGUGUGUAGAAUGUUUGGGAUCUACUGUGAUUAAUCAUGUGUUGGUUGUUUCUGUGUAUUACUGGGUGUUUCGUCCCUUUCUCUUAACAUGACACGUCUUCAUGCCACUAUUAUAUUGUGUAUUUCUAUUGAGUUUGAUACAUCCAUUUAUUAUUAUCUAUACAUUAAUUUUGUAGUUCGUUUGAAGUCAUUGAUACUGUACAGCUUUAUUUUAUUUGUGAAACCUUUUAAAAUGGCUGAUCUGUUUAAUACACUGAUAUUUUGACCUGGAUAAAUAGAGAAUGGGA